UGAAAUCUCUCUCUCUAAAAUUUCGUCUACAUCUAGCAAGUCUCUCUUCUCCAGUUGCCUUGUGUUCGAAGUUGGUUCUUUCCGGCCGAUUUACCAUUGAAUGGAGAGAUACACUCGAGAACUGUUCCAUAUACUCAAAGGUGGACAAAACUUAAAAUUAUUUCGGAGAAUUAAGAAGUCAAGAAUUUGGAGAUUUCGCAUUUGUGAUCCAUUAUUCGCAGUGGCAUAUAAACACAAGUUUUUAGGUACGAUUCAACUGGAUCUAAAUUUCCGAUACACUCGAGAAUUGUUCAAUAUACUCAAAGUUGGACAAAGCUCAAAAUUAUUUUGGAGAAUUAAGAAGUCGAGAAUAUGGAGAUUACGCGUUUGUGAUCCAUUAUUCGCAGAGUGGCAUCUAACACAAGGUGAUCAAAGCUCAAAAUGCUCCGCAAAACAGGCAGAAGAAGAAGCAGGAGAAUGGGCAGGGUCUGGAUCUUGGCGCCAUUUAUCUCCCGGUGGUGGAUGCUGCUGGACUAGCGGCUUUGUUUGGAGCAUCAAGGCUGGUGUACGAGAAACUAUCUAUGAACACCAGCAAGAAGAAGGAUUUGAGUUCCUCUAGAAGAACUUCGCAGGAAGUACUUAUAUUUCCGAGUUAAAGAACUCAAAUCUACCUGGGGUGGGUGAAUGCAUCAUUUCUCAUACACCAGGUACUGGAAAGACACAUCUGACGAUUGUAUUCCUUGAGACGUAUCUAAAGAUGUUUCAAACUGUCUUCCGAUGAUUAUCAUCCCAGCAAACAUACUAUGUACUUGGGAAUCAGAGUUCAGAAUGUGGAGGGCUGGGCUUCAUUUCCGCAACCUGAACAAUCCGGCAUUCAUCGGCAAUGAGAGGGCGGCCGCUGACCAUCUCUUUAAAGGGCCGAAGAUCAGAUGCCGCGAUAUGGAGGCUACCCGCAUGGUCAUUAUAUAUUCGUGGAAGAGGGGGGGAGUCCUUUUGGGGAUUAGCUACAAUCGUUUCGAGAAGUUAACGGCAAAGAAGCACGUGGAGGAAGCAAAUGUAGGCGAGGACAGGUGCUGAAGAGAACUUGGAAGUUCUGAGGUCAACACUUCUUGAGAUGCCUGAACUAGUGAUUCUUGAUGAAGGCCAUACUCCUCGAAACAACAGGAAUAAAAUUUGGACAUCCGUAGUUCAGCUCAAGACAGAAAAGUGUGUCAUAUUGUCCAGGAUGCCGUUCCAAAACAACUUCGAAGAGCUGUUCAAUACCCUGAAGAUCGUAAGGCCGACAGUGGCAGAAAAGAUUAAGCAGGAUCGGAAAUUCGCUGAAAUUAUGCAUUCAGACAAGGAAGCCCAAAUCUCUCGGCCUGCUUUACUUCCCGGAGCAGUCAAUCGUGUAGUGGAGAGGCUUAAAGUCUCCAUCUAACGUUUGGGAACUGUCCUACAAAAGAAUCUCCCUGGAUUAAGAGACUGUGUAAUCCUCCUGAAACCGACUGGAAUGCAAAAGAAACUGAUCGACAGGCUGGAACAGGAACUGUUAAGGAAACCAUUUAAGAGUGAAUUUGGAUUCUCUAUGGUAUCUGUUCAUCCUUACCUCACCCAAAUGCAAGUCGCAAGUGCCAACCAAUCGAAUUGAUAUGCAAGCAGUCGAGGCAUCAAAGCUCAUUCCUGGCGAAGGGUCAAAAUGCAGACACGUGUAGAAUAGGUUGUGAUUUGUAAAGAUUUAUGAUGAAUUUUGUAUCCUUUUUAAUUAUUUUGACCGAUUAUUAAUUUGCAAUUGCUCUAUAUUUGCACUAAAUGUGUUUGAUUGGAUAGCUUAAGUUAUAAGGUUUUAAGAAUGUUUUUUUAAUAUUUUGAUAUCGCAUGGUCAAAAUAUAUUCGUGGAAGAGAGGGGGAGGCCUUUCGGAGAUUAGCUAUGAUCUUCUGGAGAAGUUAACGGCGCAGAAGCACGUGGAGGGGCAGAGGACCGGUGCUGAACAGAACUUGGAAGUUCUGAGGACGACACUUCUUCAGAUCCCUGAGCUAGUGAUUCUUGAUGAAGGCCGUACUCCUCGUAACGACAUCCAUGUUGGAUGUUCUAAGUAGAGGAUAUCGCAGUGGCGAUAUAUUCUGGUCCCAAAUUGUAAGAACAACACAAUCAAUCAUCAGUUGUUCGCUCUCUUAUUAUUUUCUGUCCUCGAUUUUCAUGUGUAAUUAUUAUUUGGUUCUGA